AACACUAGUAAAUUAGGUACUAUGCUAUAUAAUAGUUAAAAUAUGUUCAAUCUUAUCGAUAAUCGAUGAAAAAUAAUAACACCUACGUAGUAGGUAUAAUACGUACGUAACUGUAGUUAUAGUAUUAAUUGUACUUAGCAAACUAUUUUUACCUACCCAUUCGUCCAAAACUUUAGGUGGUUCAAAAAUGCACCUUACUGUGCGUACUCUCGACGCCACUGCGUGUAUGCGUGUAUAGUACACUGUGUACACUACGAUGGCGAUGUCGAUUUUGAUAGAUGAGAUGAUAAAAUCAUGUGUUUCAGUGGGUGUGGUUUCUUAGCAACACGUUGGGUCAAUGACUGAAAUCGUAUUAUAUAACAUGGUAUAGUGGCUGGUACCCUCGACGCACAUGUCCCGUCCGCUUUAUUACAAUAAUACACAUUGCGCCUGAUAGUGGCGUCGCUAACGUAGACAAUAGCACAGACUUGAGUCGGUAAAAUGUCCAACUCUGAGGUGCACACAGAACCGAAACAGCCUAAUAACAACAACAACAGUAGUAAUAAUAAAAAUAAUAAUGUUAAACCAGCACAGCAACAGCAGCAGCAGGAGAGGAGGAAGAAUAAAAAGAUAGACAAGGUACAAUGUGACGGCAGACUGAAAAUUAUAAUAAACAGAGAAAAUGAAUUGCGGGCCAGAUGGCCGGAACGGUGGGGGUUUUAUUCGAAAAAUAACGUGGAAAAACUGUGGAGCGAACAUGCUGUCAAUUUAGGAUUACCAGAAAAUUUUAUCGAUCUCAGAAGACAAAAACUACGUAAACAAGAUAGAAUUCAACCGUUGAUCGACGCGGUACCAUCACCGACGUGCAUUCCCCUAACGUCGUCAGGUUUUGUGGGAUGGCGUUCCUCGCAAAGAAUUUGUAAUUUGGAAAUGUUUGGCAGGACUUUUGAUUACAAUAAAUUAGAUACUCGGAUGUUGAAACCAGACAACGAGCCAGAUCAAAAACUACAGAGAUUUAUAAUUCUAGGAUAAAUAUUUCUGGUUACUUUCCUAGAUGAGCAGGAAUUCACUUCAACUGCAACCAGUUCUUCUAGAUUUAAAAAUCAAAAAACACCAAGAACUUUACAACAAAUACCAAAUAUUAAACAUGUUGGAAAUAAUAUAAUAAAAAUAAACAUGCAAACAUAAUAUAAAAAAAAUUGUAGCCUAUAUAGUAUAUACUGCAUGUACUCGUGUCCUCUUGUUCUUGAAAGCUUUGGGCUAAGUACUCUAGUCACAGAUCUUGGGGGAACAACCAACCUGAAUUUUUUGUGAACAAACUAAGAGCAACUUGAUGCUCCUUAACCCUUUCACUGCUGAAUUUGAAAUAUUUUCCAAUAUAAUGUACUGUGUGGGGAUAACAUUUAUUCUUUUAUACAUUGAACAAUAUUUCUCUUACAACAGAGAUUUAAUAGAAAGACCACUCCCGUAAAAUGUUUAGAUAAGUUUGGUAUUAGCGCUCAUGAUGAUCGUCUUAAUUACAAUACAAUCGAUAUUACUGCUACAAAUCAAUAUUAAUACUAUAUCAAUAUAAAUGUUAUCAAAAUGGUAUUUUGAAUACUUGUACUGAAUUAAAUAAAGUAAUAUAUUCAAUUCAUUAUGUCAAUAAAUAUUUAUUUUGUUAUACAAUUUAAAAUGUAAGUAUAAAACAAUUACUUGCAUAGGGUAAAGCAUGCAGCUAUUAGCACCUAGUAAUUUUGUAAUAAAUAAUGUUUUAUUAUGAUUUAUAGGGAUAUUUUUUUAAUUAUACGAGGUUAAGAAAAUAUUCAUUCAAACAAUAAGUAGCAGAAAGUUUGAAAUGCAAGUAUGACAAAUUUCAGUUAAUUGCUUCACCCAUUGACAUAAGCUCUACACAUACCCGAGGUUAUAAUAUUAUCAUUACUGUAUGGGAUUGACACUAGAGUAGUAUGAAGUUGAACAUUACAAUCAGUUUCCCCAACAAUAGAUUCAAUAGGUAUUUCAUUAAAAAAAAUUCUUAUAAAUUAUCCAAGACUCCAUUGCAGUUGUCAUCUUCACAAUUCCCACCAACGGAAUGACUAGUUGUAAGAUUAUAAAUGACAAAAGCUUUAAAAGAAGAUAGUAAGUUGCAGGAUUGGGUUAAUAUUUUUCAUUACAUGGCUUCUUAUUGAGACCGAGAACUACCCAAAAGUUUUCUAUUGGGCGGGUCCUGGUUGAAAUUUCUAAGUAAAACAUACUAGAAACUAUCUUUCAGUAGUCAUUUACAAAUUAACUGCAUUCCUUUAUAUAGAUAGUUCUGAUCCAGUUUGAAACUGAUCAUAAUUCAUGUUACUUAGAACUUCAAGAGCUUUUGGCCAAAACUUAAAAUAAGGUGAGUUUAAUGUUACCGUACUACACAGCUCUUUAUCUUGGAUAAGUCCUAUAACAUAUCCGUUUGCACUAUCCAAAAGCUUGUCAAUGAAUAGACAUUUCUAGCCAG